AUGCCUUGUGUCAGCUUGAGAUCUUCAGAGAAUAACAAAGCAUCUCCAGAUGAUUUCUCCAAACUCCUAGAUCCUACCCAAGCCUUUCACAUAAUCUCCAAAACAACACACCAAUAUAAACCACCACGUAUCAACCAUAUGGAAACCACCAACGACACCACGAACGAGCAGGUCCUCCUGCAAAUAAGCGACCGUCAAUUCAUAACAUCAAAAUCGACACUCUCGCAAAAAAGCACAUCUUUCCAAGCCCUCUUCUCCAACCGAUGGAACAACCAGCGUCCAGAUAGCUCCUACUUCGUCGAUGCAGACCCCAACCUCUUCGAACAUAUUCUUCGGUACUGUCGCCGCGGCAUCUUCCCCCUCUUCUACGAUCGAGCUUGCGGACACAACUACAGUCUAUAUCUCCAGCUCCUCCAGGAAGCGAGAUACUUCGGCAUUGACGGUCUUCGAGAAUGGUUAGAGGAAGAGAAGUACCUCCAGGCUGUGAAGAUCGUGCGGUCAGUGAAGUCGCUGAAAGGCCUUGAGAGUCAGAUUCAUGAGGUUCAUUUGGCGAAUAUGGACCCGGAAUACUUCCCGCACUGGGGUACUCGUAAGGUGUUUGUUUGUCCCCGGGGAGUUGGGCAGCAUAGGAGAAACCCGGGACUUUGUGGGAAGAAGUGUGUGAAGGUGCAGGGUGACGAGGAGGUGAUUUUUGAGGAUGAAAUCGGCCUUGAUUGGAAGGGUGGUUGUGGAGAAUAA